AGACGUUUCUGGUUAUUCUAUCGGUCGGUGUGCGGCAGCCAGGAACGAACCCAAAAGCCAGCGAAACAGUGUCGUGCAUGUGUCGCCCUGAUCCGGUCCACACUGACGGGGUGAUUUCCCUGCUUCCCGUCGCUCGGCAGGCCAAUUUCCAGCGAGCAGUCUCAGCAAUCAUCUCUCUGCCACCAAAUCUUUCCCAAAAGACCCGUCCGUCAGCGUUGCCUCGAUAAACCUUGCCAGUGGGAUUUUACAAACGUUUUUGUGCCUUCUUUUUGCAGCAUUCAAAAAAAAAAAUCGCUCAUCCCUAUCAAACACAAAUAGUGCUUAGUGCGUGAAACGUGGUUGUCGUGUGUGUGCGUGCGGUUUUAUUGUUGUGCAUUGAACACGAGUGGACGCAGAUCAUUACUGCGCCGAAAACGUGCGCGCAACAGCACACUCGUGUGAGUCUGUUAGUGAUUUCUGGUUCGGCGGUGCGUUGCUUGGGCUGCUCGGGAGGAGGCUUCGUGAACGUGAACGUUUCGGCCAUCGUGAAACAGCCACUCGCACCGAGAUGCCCCUGUUCGGCAAGUCGCAGAAAAGCCCCCAGGAGCUGGUGAAGGCACUGAAGGAGGCGGUCAACUCGCUGGAGCGCGGCGACAAGAAGGCUGAAAAGGCGCAGGAAGAUGUCAGCAAGAAUUUGGUGUUGAUCAAAAACAUGCUCUACGGUACGUCCGAUGCCGAACCGCAAACCGAAAUCGUCGUUUCCCAGCUGGCCCACGAGCUGUACAGCACCAACCUGCUGCUGCUUCUGAUACAGAACCUGAACCGCAUCGACUUCGAGGGCAAGAAGGACGUGGCACAGAUCUUCAACAAUGUGCUCAGACGACAGAUCGGCACCCGCUCGCCGACGGUGGAAUACAUCUGCACAAAGCCCGAAAUUCUGUUCACGCUGAUGGCUGGGUACGAGCAUCAGGAGAUCGCGCUGAACUGCGGUACCAUGCUGCGCGAGUGCGCCCGUUACGAGGCGCUCGCCAAGAUCAUGCUGCACUCGGACGAGUUCUUCAACUUCUUCCGCUACGUCGAGGUGUCCACGUUCGAUAUUGCGUCCGAUGCAUUCUCCACCUUCAAGGAGCUGCUCACCCGCCACAAGAUCCUGUGCGCGGAGUUCCUUGAGCAGAACUACGACAAGGUGUUCAACCACUACGAGCAUCUGCUCAACUCGGAAAACUACGUGACGCGGCGGCAAAGCCUUAAGCUGCUCGGCGAGCUGCUGCUCGACCGGCACAACUUCACGGUCAUGACGAAGUACAUCUCCAACCCGGACAACCUGAAGCUGAUGAUGAACAUGCUCAAGGAGAAGUCGCGCAACAUCCAGUUCGAGGCGUUCCACGUGUUCAAGGUGUUUGUCGCGAACCCGAACAAACCGAAACCGAUCCUGGACAUACUGCUGCGCAACCAGGAAAAGCUGGUCGACUUUCUGACCCGCUUCCACACCGACCGCUCGGAGGACGAACAGUUCAACGACGAGAAGGCUUACCUGAUCAAGCAGAUCAAGGAGCUAAAGCCGGCCCCGGAUCAAUAGUCGUGCCGCGCCGACAUUGCCACCCGCUCAUCCGCAACCGUUAGCGAAACCGUCGGCAGCGUCGUCGUCGCCGCCGCCGCCCUUCGGUCGUAAUAGUGUCCAGCGCGUAGUGGCUGGAUCCUGUUCUUCGACCGUGCUCUGCAAGGAGAAGCAAAAAAAAAAUACCCCAGCGUCACCCCUUGUGUCCGCCUCUCCAGUGUCGAACACGUGCACUUGACUCGGACUGAACGUUUGGUGCCCAGACGAAAGAACAGCCAAACCGAGCGGUACUAGCGCCCACAACACACACACACACACAUACAAAUUCCUCAUAAACAAACACACACAUACACACACACGCACACAUACAAAUUCCUCAUAAACAAACACACACACGCACACAAGCAGAAACACACGAAACUAGACAAAAUAGUCAUAGCGAAGCGUAAACGAACGAAUAGCAAAAAAAACGAUAAUAUAGGUCGAUACCGAGAGAGAGAGAGAGAGAGAGAGAGAGAGAGAGAGAGAGAGAGAGAGAGAGAGAGAGAGAGAGAGAGAGAGAACGAGAAGAAUGGUGCGAAUGGGGUCACCAUCUUUAGCGAAGGCAUACGAAAUCAAUCGAAAAAGGAAGGUAGAUUAUCAUAUGAGGCAGGGGACGCACGCACGCACCCACGGUUUGUAGCGGUUUAUAUUUUUCUGUUUUGGCUUUUUUUUUUUCUUAGAGCGACGCAGAUUUUGGUCACGUCCAGCUCGUCUCCAGCUUAAAAUUGGCAAUUAGAAUUAGGUCUAAAAGUACGACUUAUGUUUUGUCCCAUGUGCACCCGUAGCUCAAUGCAAUUAAUCCACGCACUUUCUCACUACCCACUCUCAAUUGAACGUUUACUUGUGGUUUAUGUUGUGUGUUUAGUUUUUAUUUUAUAUUUAAUUUACUCUCUGUCCCUAUCGGUAUGCUCCAUGUAAUGCAUACCCACAUGCAUAUUUCAAUGUUUCCGUGUUUUUUUUUGUUCUUUUUCGUUUGUUUUUUUUUGUUUUGCUCGUACUAGUACGUUAAAGUGUUAGCCGGUUUUUUUUUCAAACAUGCUGAUUGUGGGGCAUGUACAGCUUUAGGCAUUAUUAUUGCGCGGAAAGCUUGAAGUGGAAAGGAAGGGAGCGCGAGAGCGACAGAAGAGCGGGACAAAAGUUAUCCGAUACAUAGUGUUAGAUAAAGAUAUAUAUUGUAAAUAAUUCUAUUCCACUUAUAUGUUGGCCCACGGUUCGCCGUUUGACGCGAUUGACCAGUAAAAAAAAGAAAAUUCGAGUGCGCAAACAAGGGCCUCGCAAUUGCAAUCGCAUCAUAAGCUCUGCUCCCCCUUUGUGCUCAAAUGUGGCGCUCGGUUCAAGGUAAUUGGUAGGGUUUUGCAAUAAGCGUAUUUUUCUUUUGCAUCCCUCCGCAACAACGGCAGAGAAGUGGAGUCGACCCCAACCAGCAAUGACAGUGUGAUGAUGGCCAACGUAGCGUUUGCGAAAAGAGGUAGGCUUUGGUCCCCUUGGCUAGUUUAAUAGGUUACCGAUGAAGAUUCGGUUUACUUUUCUCAACCCGAAACAAAACGCCAAAACUGUAAAUGCGAACGAUUUUGCCACCAGCACCGGAUCUACCAACAAUAAGCAAUACGAUAGCACUGGAUGAUAGAAACACUAAGGGACGCCAAAAAUCACGAAAAUUUUGUAUAAUGUUUGUUUCUUUCCUAUACACACAACAACAGCAACAGAAAAAAAACCAUAAACAAAUCUACCUGUUGUAUGGAAGUGCGUUUGAAAAUGCGUCAAAAUCCAACGGUCACAGUCGGGUUUUGGUUGAAGAGGUUUUGUUUGCUUUUUGCUGGAAAGCUUAUUAAAUGCGUACUGUGAACGUAGUCCCGCUCCCCGCCCCCCCUCCCAACACAUAAUUUCUAAUCAUUAUUACAAAAGAAACAAAAUGCGGCAUUGCACGUACAUACGAAGACCGAAUGGUGAAAGGUGGGGAAAGGCAGCGGGAAAACAAGGGAGAGCGAAGAAACCGAGUAGCAUAGUAGCGCGGCAUUAAGAAAAGUGGGUAUAGUAGAGUCAUAGGAUUUUAAAAGCAAAGGAAAAAGCAUAAAUAGACUGUGUCUUAUAUUAGCGUGAACAAAAUUAGACGAUAAAUCCAUACUACCUUCUCCACUCUCACCCCCCCACUGGUCUCCAUCUUCCCGCCCUUCCGGGGGCUGUUAUUUUAAGCUGCCUCUCUAAUCAAAACACGCGCCAUCCGCCAAUCACAUACCCGCUCACGGGUAACGAACGUGUUAGUACGUUCCGCACGAUUCGGUUAUUCGAAAUUUUAGCAAAACUCAUAACUCCCAACCUGAUCAUCCACUCGUUUCAGUUGUCAAAUUUGAUGCAAAAAAUGUGUAAUGUUUUCGGGCUUGUUUUGUAUUUUAUUUUACAUUUUGAGUAGUUUAUUUUGUUUUUUUUUUUGUUCAGCUUGCCCUCGGUGGUUAAGCUGUAGCUUGCCUGUAGUCGCUUGUCAGAUUGUUUAAACCCAUCCAAAUUUGGUUGGCAGCCGCAACCCUCCAACCCGGAAAUAGUAGCAACCUUCACUGCUGUAUCAGCUGUUCGGUUUACGAUCAUUAGGGCGUGUACCGUAUGUGCAUGCUUGUCAUUUAUGAGAUUUCUCACUCCGUUUCCGAGCGGAAAUGGUGGACAUUGUUUAAUGCAGAAACAUAAUUAUUUAAUAAAAAUCUUUCUUUCCUACGGUGGGGAGACCAACAUUAAAAAAGAGCAGUGGUAAAAUCAGUUCACUUUAGACUGCAAAAGCAUAUAUGAGAAACGUUUGGUCUAGCGAGCGCAACCAACCAAGAGAUUGGCAAGUGCAGCAGAGUGCAAAUACAGUAAUACGUGCACAUCAUAACGGAGAUUUCCUUGGAUACCUGGAUACGAGAGAGAGCUAAACCCUCCAUUUCAACGCAGAAAUUUCUAAACCAAUGGCUGCUAGAAAAGAAAAAAAGUGUAUUGAUUUAAUCCUCUAACUAUGUUAUUCAACAAAUAAUUUGUGCUUGUUUGGAUCGAUGAAAUGAUAGGAAGCGUUAGAAAUAUUCAAAUACAAACAUUUUUGCCAAACACCAUAGGUAACAACAAAAAAAAAAAAACACAUUAACAUUUAUAAGAUUUUUUUCCACAUCCUUGGGUUACUUUUUCUUAUCCAGGUUUCGAUGUAUUUAAUUUUUUAAAUAUUCAAAUAAAUCUCCCACUGGCGCUUAGGCAUAAAGUU